AUUAUACAACUAUUUUUAUACACAUCUACAUUAAUUUCAAGACUUAUUUUUAUUCAAAUAAACCAUCCUUUAGCUAUAGGGUUAAUAUUAUUAAUCCAAACUUUACAAAUUUGUUUAUUAACAGGAUUAAUAGCAAAAAGAUUUUGAUUUUCUUAUAUUCUAUUUCUAAUCUUCCUGGGAGGAAUACUAGUUUUAUUUAUUUAUGUAACCUCUCUAGCUUCAAGCGAAAUAUUUUCUUUAUCUAUAAAAUUAACUACUAUUUGUGUAAUAGCUACAGCAACUCUUAUACUAAUCUCCGUAUUUAUAGAUAAAUCAUCAACAACAUGCUUUAUACAAAAUCUAGAAAUACAACCGUUUAACCAAAUAAAAAGUAUUCUUCCAGAAAACGCUCUAAAUCUACAUAAACUAUAUAACUUCCCCACAAAUAUAAUCACCAUUCUAUUAAUAAACUACCUUUUAGUUACUUUAAUUGCUGUAGUAAAAAUUACUAAAUUAUUUUAUGGUCCUCUUCGGCCAAUAAACUAA